CCUCAGAAACAUCGUCAAGACUGGCAAACGUUGUGAAGACGUUCAUGCCACCAAGCCGUGAAGGCUUAUUCGAGAGCAACUACAAUGGAAUUGAAUGGAAGUGGAAGAUGUUCGUCAUCAGACCAGCACUCUUCAAGUGGGAUUUGAUAGGUCUUCUGCUCGUUCUAGUCUACAUACUCUGGUCUUUCGUUGGCAGCAGAUGGAACAAGAGAAUAGCUGAUAAAUGGGCGGAUCACUGGCAGGGCAUUAUCAACAAGCAAGUAGCUAUGGUUAAUGUCUUCAAGCAAUCACCAACCUACGCUGAUGGUCCAACUGACUACCUCACCUAUGCAUCUGGUAGAAGAGGUAUGGAGAGGUUCUACACCCACGUACACACACGUCCACGUCACGAUAUAUUCCAGCAACUCUUUAAUCUCGCUUGGUCUACUAUCGACUUCGGUGCUGACUCUUCAGAUAACGUUACACUCACUGCAAAGUUAACUCCACCAAAGGGCGGCCAAGACGUAGGAUUCGUCUACGCCUUAGUAAAGAAAUCGAAAAUGGCUAACCUCCGUAAAAAGAGAUUCGAUUUGGGUUUGACAAAGACCAUCAACGAUUCUGAUGCUUUCACCAACGACUUUUCACCAAUGGCUGAAGUACACGCUCUUAAUUCGUCAUUCUCAAAGGAAGGCCUUACUGGUUUGCCUGAAACUGUCAAAGAGGCUGGCGCAUACCUCAAUUGGCUCAUUAUUUCUGACCAGCCAACCGAGAAACCAUCAAAGGGUCCCCUCAAGCCGGAAGAGAAGGAACGCGUAAUUGAGAUCAACCUUAAGUUACCAAGUGAUAUGUCAAAGCUCACUUCAUACAUCAUGUUGGUCUUCAACCUCAUUGACGCAAUCCAUCUUCAGAAGUUAUCUCUCAACGCUGAUACAUUGCGUCGCUUACAGAAGAAUCGUCAAGACUUGGAAGUCUCCUUAAUCAAGGAAUACGCUAAACAGCUCGAAGAUGAAGAAGAAGAAAGGACAGGAAAGACAGCCGAGGAGCGUAAGCGUAUCGCCAAGAAAGCAAUCGAGGAUGCCAAAUAUGAGAAGAUGACUCCAGAACAAAGACGCAAGCACGAAGAGAAGGAACGUAAGAAGGUCGCCAAAAGAAGCCAACCAAAGCCAAAAAUGAAGCGUUAAGAAGCUUAUCGGAUACUUUAAUAGAAAGCAUAAUACAUUAACCCUCUUUGAUUUAAUAAUCACUUCUCGGUGUCAG